CGGCGUGAUCCCGGACAGUUCAACUUCGACCGCUGAACUCGCAACCCCACACGGCCAUCGCGUCAAUUCGCCCACCAUGGCCGCCUCGGUCGACUCGCUGUCAGCGCUGCUUGCGAAAGCCCACCUCGAUGACCACGAAGAAGUCCUCAAGGCCGCCAACUCCGCCCUGGCCAAGUCCAAGUCCGACCUCGACGCCCAGCACGUGCGCGUCAUCGCCCUGCUCAAGCUCGACCGCUUUGACGAUGCUCUGCGCCAGCUGAAUCAGACCGGCGACAAGCUGAAGCAACGCGCCGCCUUUGAGUACGCCUAUGCGCUGUACAAGACGGGCAAGCUGGCCGAAGCCGAGAGCGUCGCUGACUCCGCAGUGAGCACCGCGAGGGGCCCGUCCCGCGGCGCACAGCAUGUCCUCGCUCAGGCAACCUACCGCGCCGAGAACUUUGAGCGCGCCGUCACCGUCUACGAGCAGCUGGCCGCGCGCGUGCAGGAUGCUGACGCCGACUACGAGCACAACGACCUGCGCAUCAACAGCGCUGCCGUGGAUGCGCAAUUGGAAUGGCAGGGCAAGGGCCAGCUGGCGAAGAAGAAGAAGCCCGUGAGGGAGGACAUGGAGGCGUUUGAGACGGCGUACAACGCGGCAUGCGGCAGCAUUGCGCGGGGCGAGCUGGGCCAGGGCGAGGUGCUACUGAAAAGAGCAAGAGACCUGUGUAAUGCGAGCGAGGACAUGACUGAGGAAGAGAAGCGCGCGGAGAUUAUGCCGAUUUUGGUGCAGCAGCUCUACGUGCUGUCUCGGCAAGGCAGGGCCGAGGAGGCUGAGAAGCUCAGCCAGGAGCUUUCGAUACCUGACAUCCCAGACAUGUCCACAAGGCAUAUCGCCGAAGUCAACGAGAUGGCCGCCUCGACCGAGAGCUCGAAUCCGUACCUCUCAACGCGCCGCGUGCGGUUCAACUCCAACCUCCCCAAGACCGACCAGCCCUUUGGCUUCCAGUCCGCGAUCUUGAACCACAACAACUACGUCAUGGAGAUGACCUCGCACAAGCACAAGGGCGUCGCCACAAGCACUCUGACCAAGCUGCGCAACGACCCCCACGCCUCCGUCUCCCCCGCCACAAACUCUCUCUCCGUUCUAAACGCCGCAGCCCACACCAAGGGCCAAGUCGGCAAGGUCGGGCUCAGGGAGAUACUCCCGCUCGUGAACAAGCGUCCCGACGACGUCGGCCUCAUCCUCACCGCCGUGCAGCUCUACCUCCUCGAAAACAACCACAGCGCCGCCAUCACACUGCUAGAAUCCUUCCUCAUGCGUCUAGAGAACAGCGCCACGCCCAGCGACCAUGACGUGCGCUUCGCACCCGGCCUCGUCGGCACGCUCACAGCGCUCUACGCAAAGGAGGGCCGGCGCAGCUCCAUCCGCGCCGAGUUCGCAAAGGCUGCCGAACACUGGCGCCGCAAGACGGACGCGACACCCCCGGCAGGGCUGCUGAAAGCCGCAGGCGCAGCGCUGCUCGAGAGCAGCAAGCCCGUGGACCUGGAGCUCGCAGGAGAAAUCUUCUCGGACCUGCUGCAGCGCGACGAGGGGGACCGGGCGGCGGCCGCGGGCCUAGUCGCCGCGUACGCGACGACGCACCCGGAGAAGGUGACGCCAGCGCAGACGGACGCGCUGACGCCGCUCGCGCGCCUGAUUGGCGACGUGGAUGCCGCGGAGCUGGAGGCCGCGGGCGUGGCCGUCGCGCCGCAUGUACAGCAGCAGACGGGGGCGAAGCGCGCGGCGCCGAAGGAGCAGCCCGCGAAGCCGAAGAAGGUGCGCCAGAGCCGCUUGCCCAAGGAUAUGGAUCCCUCGAAGAAGAUCGACCCCGAGCGCUGGCUGCCGAUGAAGGAUCGCAGCUAUUAUAAGCCGAAGGGGCGGAAGGGCAAGGCGAGGCAGGCGGGGUUGACGCAGGGUGGUGUGGUUGAGGACGAGGGCGCCAAGAAGCAGGCUGCGGGGCAGGUUGUCGGUGCUUCAGGGGGCGGGGGGAAGAAUAAGAAGAAGAAGGGGAAGAAAUAGGGGUAGACCUUUGUGGCAGGGUGGUGGAUACUGUUUGAUGCCCCCGCGUUUGCGGUUAGGGAGCACUAUGUAGGUGCUUUGGUCUGAGGGCCGGGGCGAUAUAGGUAGGCCAUGCCAGAUGAUGCCUUGUAUGACCUUGCUACGAGUCUGUUAGAACAUUGCGGGUACGAUUUGUUUGCGCUUGAGCAGAAUAGUGUACGCACAGUCAUGACUGGUGACAGUGUCUGAGCUGGUCGACUGUUAAAACUAGCUUUGACUGUUUAUACCGAUGAACGUCUUUUAAAUGUCUGGAUUUGCCAACCAGC